UUCCGCGCGCCUGUCUGGCAGCUGGUCACAUGGUGAGGGUGGGGGUGCGGGGGCCUCUCUAGCUCGCGGCCUGAGUCUAUGGUCUGGCCCGUAGCGUCCAGCUGCCCGGGACCGACCCCCGGUGUAUGGCGCCGCAGGAACCGGCUCCCGGGCCCAGAUAAAGGGCCACCUCCACAGCUCUUGGCCGGGCGUAAGGACAUCGCCUGCUCCGAGAAUGGCUACCUCUCGAUAUGAACCAGUGGCUGAAAUUGGUGUCGGUGCCUAUGGGACGGUGUACAAGGCCCGAGAUCCCCACAGUGGCCACUUUGUGGCCCUCAAGAGUGUUAGAGUUCCUAACGGAGGAGGAGCCGGAGGGGGCCUUCCCGUCAGCACAGUUCGUGAGGUGGCCUUACUGAGAAGGCUGGAGGCCUUUGAGCAUCCCAAUGUCGUCCGGCUGAUGGAUGUUUGUGCUACUUCCCGAACUGACCGAGACAUCAAGGUCACCCUAGUGUUUGAGCAUAUAGACCAGGACCUGAGGACAUACCUGGACAAAGCGCCCCCGCCAGGCUUGCCAGUGGACACCAUCAAGGAUCUGAUGCGGCAGUUUCUAAGCGGCCUGGAUUUUCUUCACGCAAAUUGCAUUGUUCACCGAGACCUGAAGCCAGAGAACAUUCUGGUGACAAGUAACGGGACAGUCAAGCUGGCUGACUUUGGCCUGGCCAGAAUCUACAGCUACCAGAUGGCUCUCACACCUGUGGUUGUCACUCUCUGGUACCGGGCUCCUGAAGUUCUUCUGCAGUCUACCUAUGCAACGCCUGUGGACAUGUGGAGCGUUGGCUGCAUCUUUGCGGAGAUGUUUCGUCGAAAGCCUCUCUUCUGUGGAAACUCUGAAGCUGACCAGUUGGGUAAAAUCUUUGAUCUCAUUGGAUUGCCUCCGGAGGAUGACUGGCCUCGAGAAGUGUCUCUACCCCGAGGAGCCUUUUCCCCCAGAGGGCCUCGGCCAGUGCAGUCAGUGGUACCAGAGAUGGAGGAGGCUGGAGCACAGCUGCUGCUGGAAAUGCUGACUUUUAACCCACAUAAGCGAAUCUCUGCCUUCCGAGCCCUGCAGCACUCUUACCUACACAAGGAAGAAAGUGACCAAGAGUGAGAAGAGCAGCUGCCUUUCUCUGCUUCUGGACACUUGAAUGGAGAGGACCUCACUGAAAAGGCAACCUCUGCCUUCCUCUGAGGCUGUGGAGUCUCCCCCAGUUUUUUACAGAGGAUAUUUUAAGCCUUAAAUGACAUUCCCCACACCUCCUUAUGAGGCUUACCCUCUUACCCCUCAACUUCUCUACACUAAAGGGUGGGUGUAUCUUGUCUUCUCCCCUGGUUUAUACUGGGACCUUUUUAUACAGGAAAACAAAACAAGACAAAAGGAUGUGCUUUUUUUUUUCUUUAA